GCAUGUGCGAUUUGCGGCGAGAGCCUUAACUAAGAGAGCACUUUCAGAAACACGCACGCUCCCAUCCGCCUGCAAGCGUGCCGCCAUGUGUUCGGAAUGAGUUGCAUCGUUGACUGGACGAACACAACAUCUCAGGCUAAUCAUGACAAGUGUCCUAUCUGCCCCAAAAGGUCCUUUAUCAAGGAAGAACUACAGCCUUCAUCAAGCGGCACUGACAGGUUGAAUAGGGCUCGGUACAACUCCCGCCACCAUAUCGUGGAGCCGCGCAACGGGUAUAGAGGCAACCCACGCUACGCUGCGAGGGCAGAGAUGAUUAGCGAGAACGUGGAGUUGUCUCGCCCGGGAGAGAGAGAGGGGGGGGCGGGGGGGCAUGGGGUGCAAGUUAAUCCAUGCUUCAUCGAAAUCUCCAUGUCCCGUCAUGCCUCACGCUGCAAGAUCUUAGCCCCAGCUUGGGAGCUUAACACACCUCGAAUGGACCCACGUUCCUUCGACGCGUCAUCCCAGCAACGAGCUCCACGCCAUGAGAACGUGCAUCCGUCUCGUGCGUGUAAUGUACCUCAAUGCAACGCAGGCCGCACUCAGCCACCUCCAUCCAGGAUCUGCAACGUGUCUCAGGAAAACCGAGGCUACGGUCUCCCUGCGCCGCCUGUUUACCACACGACAGCGCCAUCAACGCGCGAUAUCGUGUAUGUUGAUGCUCGUCGCAAACCAAGCCUCAUUUCGCGCAGCCAAGGACCAUCGCCGCCACUGGAAGAGUACGAACGUUAUCGUGCAGGCGGAAAUACGCGCUCGGGGUCGAGCACCGAGGAUAUCUGGACAGCUUCGGAUGAAAUGAGAGUAUUGGGGCCUGAAUGGUACCAGGCUCUAUCUCUGGGGUUCUGCAUGGACACUGUACUCUGUGCUUGCGCUUGUUCCAUUGUGGUUCCGGAAUGGAUGCAGGUGUACUGUGCAUUGAUCAAUCCCAGGCGUGGUAAUCACGGUUAA